GUCUCCUUCACUCUUGCCCUUGUACUCUAGUCCACCGCCGUGAAAUUACUUUAUCUCCAUCCCCCCAAAGUGCCUCUUAUACCUUUCCAUUGACUCCCCCCUUUACCUUGUAUUUGCGUUUUUUUGUUUUUUGUAUUGAUCUGUCUCUGCCCGUCUCUCUUGUGCCACGAUUCUGUCGACUCUACCCUCAUCCCCCAUGCGUCACAAUUACCCUCACUGGAUUGUCUCUUCCCGCGUUGGCUGAACGGAAUACUGGAUUUGGAACUGCUGCUAUGCCUGAUGCUCGAGUACUUCAGCUUUGACUUGGUAUCUCGCAGCCUCAUCUAUCCUUAACAAAUCGCCUACGGUCUAUUUUGCGCAUUCAUUCCUGAUCCUGUGCUAUCUUUACCCAACAUUCUCUCCGCCCGCCCAUUUGACGUCACACAAAAUGGGCCGGGAACCCGUCCCCCGUCGCCGUCCUUACUGGGCGAUCCCAUCGCGCAAGGUCACAAAUAUCCUCGCCUUGAUUCUCUUCGUCGUGGUCGCUGCCUCGGUUUUCAAACUCGAAAUCGGUGCGCCCCCCUUCGACCCGACAUCGUUAUAUCGCCACCACUCGCACCCUGGCGAACCCGAUUUCUGGAAGUGGGAAACCACCUCCCGCUUCCCGCAUGUGCAGAACCCCGUCAAAAAUGAUGAUCAGCUUUGCGACUUGUUCCCUGCCUACCUGCUUUCGCGCGUCCAGGUUGUUCUGAAAAUCGGCGCCUCCGAACCGGCCGAUCGUGUCAACGCGCAAAUCUCCAGCGUCACUCGCUGUAUUCCGAACCUCAUCAUCGUCUCCGAUCGAGAGUCGCAAAUCAAAGAACAUCGUGUUCACGACAUCCUAGCCGCCCUUCCUGAAUCCUUCCGAGCCAACACUUCCGACUUCGAGGCCUACGAUGCGCUUCAGCGAGGCGAUGACAAGAUUGUGGCGGCGCCGCAAGGAUGGAGGCUCGAUCGCUUUAAAUUCCUCCCCAUGGUAGAGCGCGCACACGAAAUCAACCCUUCGGCGGAUUGGUUCGUGUUUUUGGAAUCGGAUACAUACGUGGUCUGGGAUAAUAUGUUCCGGUUUUUGGAUCAAUUUGAUCCACAUACCCCCUUGUAUAUGGGCUCUCCGUCCCCGGGACGGCGGAUCAACGAUAAGGAAGUUUCUUAUUUCGCCUACGGCGGCUCAGGAUUCGUCCUUUCCACGGCAGCUGUCGAUAAAUUGGUGUACAGAGAAGUUGGAUCUCACGGAGAGUACAUUCAGCCCACGCUGAGUGAACAGUACGAGGAUAUCGUUAAAGCGGACUGCUGUGGUGAUUCGAUACUCGGAUGGGCAUUGCAUGAGAAGGGCGUAGAGCUCUCAGGCUUCUGGCCCAUGUUCAAUCCCCAUCCACUGCAUGGAAUCCCGUUUGACGAUGCCUACUGGUGCCAGCCAGUCAUUAGUAUGCACAAGACACUGUUGCCGGACAUGACUGGGCUGAUGCGGUGGGAAAACCAGCGGGAUCGCACUCGCCCAUUGAUCUACGCCGAUCUGAUGGAAUACCUGAAGCUGGGAACCGUUGACCAUAUGUCCGAUUGGGACAACGGUGACUGGGGUGGCUGGCAGGAACCUCCCGAGUCACCGGCCCACGGCUCCUUUGAAGCCUGUCAGACAGCCUGCCAUGAACAUGCCCAGUGCCUCAGUUUCACAUACGACUCCUCGGGACAUUGUGUCUUUGUUCGCACGAUGCGGCUGGGCGCGAAGAAGAAACUGGGCGAUUCGUCGGUGCGAUUAUCUUCCGGAUGGGAUUUGGAGAAAAUCAAGAACUGGCGGGCAUCUCACCAGUGUGAGAAGGUGAUGUGGAUGAAGCCCAGCACGGAACGCAUCUUCUGAUUUUGCUGAUACCCGAAUAACUGGCGAGUGGGUGUUCAUGUUUUGACGAUUGUAAAUACUAUGAUAGAUGUCUUGGAUUAUGCCAUACUAACGAUAGAUAAUCUUAAUUAUUAGCUGUCCGAUCACA